AUGGAGAAUGCUCAUCUUCAUGGAGCCCCUGAAAACCGGAGCCGUGUUCCUCCCGUGUUCAUCCUGACCGGCAUCCCGGGAUUAGAAGCUAGGAGCAUCUGGGUCGCUGCCCUUUUCUGCUCCCUGUACCUCCUGGCAAUUCUGGGAAACAGCCUUAUUCUCCUUGUGGUCGUGAAGGACCAGACCCUGCGCAAGCCCAUGCACCUUUUCCUCUCCAUGCUGGCUGGGAGCGAGCUGGGGAUCUCUCUCUCUUCUCUUCCGACCGUGCUGAACGUCUUCCUGCUUGAUGUCCGGGAGAUCGGGAUCGAUGCCUGUCUGGCCCAGAUGUUCUUCAUCCACUCCUUCUCCAUCAUGGACUCGGGAGUCCUCUGGGCCAUGGCCUUUGACCGCUUCGUAGCCAUCUACAACCCCCUCCAAUACGCCACCAUCCUGACCAACUCCCGGAUCGUUAUGAUAGGUUUGGGGGUUGCUACGAGGAGCAUCGUCCUAAUGAUACCCUUGCCCGCUCUCCUGCGGGGACUGCCGUUUUGCAGACCCAACGUCCUCGCUCAUCCCUACUGUUUGCAUUCCAAUUUACUCCGCCUGCCAUGCGCUGACAUCACAGUGAACAGCCGAUGCGGUCUGUUUGUUGUCCUCUCUACUUUUGGGCUCGAUUCGCUGUGCAUUGUCCUCUCCUACAUCAUGAUCCUCAAGACGGUGCUGGGCAUGGCCUCGAAAGAAGGGCGCCUGAAGGCCCUCAACACCUGCGUCUCCCACAUCUGUGCGGUGGUGGUGUACUAUGUCCCUAUGAUCGGCGUGUCCAUGGCACAUCGUUUUGGCAAGCACGCUUCUCCUCAUCUUCACUCCCUCAUGGCCAAUGUCUACCUCUUGGUUCCCCCAGUCCUGAAUCCCAUCAUCUACAGCAUCAAGACCAAGGAGAUCCGCAAGGCGCUCAGGAAGUUCUUCUCUCAAAAAAGUUCUUUGUAA